AUUGAAGUGUGUAUGUCUUUUGUGUGACUCUUCAAACUUCACCUGCCAAACCGAAGGAGCAUGCUGGGCUUCAGUUAUGCUAACCAAUGGAAAAGAACAGGUGACCAAGUCCUGUGUCUCUCUCCCAGAAUUAAAUGCUCAAGUCUUCUGUCAUAGCUCUAACAAUGUCACCAAAACUGAAUGCUGCUUCACAGAUUUCUGCAAUAACAUAACACUACACCUUCCAACAGCCUCACAAAAUGCCCCAAAACUUGGACCCAUGGAGCUGACUGUUGUUAUUACUGUGCCAGUUUGCCUCCUGUUCGUAGCUGCAGUGCUGACAAUAUGGGCAUGCCAAGGUCGACAGUGCACAUACAGAAAGAAAAAGAGACAGAAUGUGGAGGAGCCCCUCUCUGAGUGCAAUCUGGUAAAUGCUGGAAAAACUCUAAAAGAUCUGAUUUACGAUGUGACUACCUCUGGAUCCGGAUCCGGUCUACCUCUGUUGGUUCAAAGAACGAUUGCCAGGACAAUUGUACUUCAGGAGAUAGUAGGAAAAGGUAGAUUUGGUGAAGUCUGGCAUGGAAGAUGGUGUGGAGAAGAUGUGGCUGUGAAAAUAUUCUCCUCCAGAGAUGAAAGAUCUUGGUUUCGCGAGGCAGAAAUUUAUCAGACUGUUAUGUUGAGACACGAAAACAUCCUUGGUUUCAUUGCUGCUGACAACAAAGAUAAUGGAACUUGGACUCAACUUUGGCUUGUUUCAGAAUAUCAUGAACAGGGUUCCUUAUAUGACUAUUUGAAUAGAAACAUAGUGACAGUGGCUGGAAUGAUCAAACUGGCACUUUCAAUAGCUAGUGGUCUGGCUCACCUUCAUAUGGAGAUUGUUGGUACACAAGGUAAACCUGCUAUUGCUCAUCGAGAUAUAAAAUCAAAGAAUAUCUUAGUGAAAAAGUGUGAAACUUGUGCUAUAGCAGACUUAGGAUUAGCUGUGAAGCACGAUUCAGUACUGAACACUAUUGACAUACCUCAGAAUCCUAAAGUAGGAACCAAAAGGUAUAUGGCCCCUGAAAUGCUUGAUGAUACAAUGAAUGUAAAUAUCUUUGAGUCCUUCAAACGAGCUGACAUCUAUUCUGUUGGUCUGGUUUACUGGGAAAUAGCCCGAAGGUGUUCAGUUGGAGGAAUUGUUGAGGAGUACCAGCUGCCUUAUUAUGACAUGGUGCCUUCAGAUCCCUCGAUAGAGGAAAUGAGAAAGGUUGUUUGUGACCAGAAGUUUCGACCAAGUAUCCCAAACCAGUGGCAAAGCUGUGAAGCACUGCGAGUCAUGGGGAGGAUAAUGCGUGAGUGUUGGUAUGCCAAUGGGGCAGCCCGCCUAACCGCCCUUCGUAUUAAGAAGACUAUUUCUCAACUUUGUGUCAAAGAAGACUGCAAAGCCUAAUGAUGAUGAUCGUGUUAAAAAGAAAUCUCUCACAGCUUUCUUUCUCAUUUUCUCUCUUUAUGUGAACUUUUUUUGCCUUUGUUGUUGUUGUUGUUGUUGUUGUUGUUCUACCUCAGAGAUAAUGCAGUACAGUAUUUAAGUGUCCAAAGGCAGCAUGAGAAAAUAACUCUAAAAUCAAGCAUGGGCAGGAGU